AAAGGAAAUAAGAAAAGGAAAGGAAAGGAAACCUAAUCCUCGAAUACGAACGAAUAACCCACCAUGUCCCAAUCCUUCACUCCCACGGAGGUCUCCGCCUACAAAACCCCCGAAAAGGGCCUGUACAUCAUCAUCGACAACAACGUCUACGACGUGACCAAGUUCAUCGACGACCAUCCCGGUGGAGCGAAGAUUCUCAAGCGGGUCGCGGGGAAGGAUGCCUCCAAGCAAUUCUGGAAGUACCACAAUGAGGGCGUUCUGAAGAAGUAUGGGCCCAAGCUCCAGGUCGGGGUUGUUAAGGAGUCGGCCAAUUUAUGACUGGAGAAUUUCCAUCCGUCUAUCAAUCUGAGGUUGUUGGAUAUGUCCUGAGUCGAGGGGAGGAUGAGGUUUGGUUUAGUGAUGAGUUUGAAAGAUGGAUGGAUUGAGCCACAGUAAUUAAUAUGUUUUCAUGGGGAGUGUGGCUUGAAGCAUGUUGGACUUGUGCUAUCAAUAUACGUCUGAGACCCCACACACACACUCAUAUAUACACAUACUCUCUGCUUAGCCAUUACAUUGUCAUUCAACAGGAAACCUACAGUUU